AUGGAGGAGCACUGGGUGCUGCCCCCCACCCCCCGAGAGCCGCUGAGCCCCCGGGCGAGGACGACUCCAGAGGAGGAAGGCUCCCGGGUAGGGCAGCUGGAGCGGGUACGUAUCCGGGUGGAAGAGCAGUCGUUUUGGGUGGAGAAGACCCUGCUGGUGGAGAGCAGCGAGUACUUCCGUGCCCUCUUCCGCUCGGGCAUGAGGGAGAGCACGCAGGAGGAGAUCGGGCUGGGGGAGCUGAGCGCGGCCGGGUUCCUCGCCAUGCUGCGGGUGCUGGCGGGCGAGAGGCCCAUCCUCGGCAGCGAGGAGAUCUUCCAGGCGGUUGAAUGUGCCGCCUUCCUGCAGGUGAAGCCCUUGGCCAAGUACCUGAUCCACUCCAUCAACUCCGACAACUGCAUCUUGCUCUAUCAAGCCGCCGCCAUAUUCGGUCUCCUGGACCUCUUCCACUGCGCCGCACUCUACAUCAGGGACAGCUACGCCGAGCUGGAGGAGUACCUGGACUGCCUCCCCGAUGACCUGCUGGCCUACGUGGAGACCCUCCUGCCCAGCACCUUCGUGGCGGUAGGAGCCCACACGCCCACCUUCGAGUUCCUGGAGGACCUCUCCAGGACCAUCUGCUACCUGGAUGAGGAGACCAACACAUGGAGGACCCUCUCCUGCCUGCCGCUGAGCGCCAGCACGUUCCUAGCCGGCAUGGCAACCAUGGAUAACAAGAUCUACAUCGUGGGUGGUGUCCACGGGGCCAGCAAGCAGGUGGUGGAGAGCAGCUUCUGCUACGACGCCGAUGCCAAUGCCUGGAGUGAGUUCCCCAGCCCUCACCAGCUGCGCUACGAUGUCAGGCUGGUGGGCCACGAGGGCUACCUCUACGCCAUCGGUGGGGAAUACGAGAAGAUCUCACUGAAGUCUGUGGAGAGGUACGACGUGGCCUCCAGCACCUGGACGUUUGUCUCCGACCUGCCGCAGCCAAGCGCGGCGGCACCCUGCGCCCAAGCCAUGGGGCAGAUCUUCGUUUGCUUGUGGAAGCCGCUGGACACCACUGUCAUCUACGAAUACGAGACCCAGCAAGACGCGUGGCUUCCCGUCACCGAGCUCAAACGGCACCAGAGCUACGGGCACUGCAUGGUGGCCCACCGCGACAACCUCUACGUCAUGCGCAACGGCCCCUCGGAUGACUUCUUGCGCUGUGUCAUCGACUGCUUCAACCUGACCUCGCGGCAGUGGACCGCCCUGCCUGGGCAGUUCCUGAACAGCAAAGGAGCCCUCUUCACCGCUGUCAUCAAGGGUGACACCGUCUACACCGUCAACAAGAUGCUGACGCUCCUCUACUCUGUGGAAGAAGAGACCUGGAGGUCCAAGAAGGAGCGGGCGGGCUUCCCACGCAGCGGGUCCCUGCAGACCUUCCUCCUGCGGCUGCCGAGGCGUGACCACAACAUCGCGUCGUAG